AAAAUGGGAGACUUGGAGUUCGGCUUCGAGGAAAUGCAGGGUGUCAAGCUGGGAUAUCUGGUUAUUCAAGGCAAGCAGAUGUUUGCCCUCUCCCAGGUCUUCACCGACCUCCUGAAGAACAUUCCCCGGACGACCGUGCACAAGCGGAUGGAUCACUUGAACGUAAAGAAGCACCACUGUGACCUGGAGGAGCUGCGACAGCUCAAAGCAAUAAACUCCGUGGCUUUCCACGCAGCCAAAUGCACUCUGAUCUCCAGAGAGGACGUCGAGGCUCUUUAUUUCUCCUGCAAAACCGAGCGAGUCCUCAAGUCUAACAAGAGGAAGACGAAAACAAAAACAGAGAGACACGUCCGAGAUGAGAUAGACGCCACGGAGAGCGCAAACGGCUUUUGGAAAGAGAAACUUUGGCUGAGUUUUCGCGGAGUGCCGCCGAGCCUGGAGCUCCGAAACAAAGCUGUCAGACCGGAGCUCUCCUCCAAUCUACCUCAAAUUUACAGCAAAUCCAUCUACCAGAACUUUCAGCCCAUACCCCCGACCGCAUGCAGAGCCUUCAGAAACUAUGAAACUGUCCAAAUACCUGGGAAGUGCGCGGAGUUUUGCGAGAAACGCUCGUUUUUUCGGAGCGCCGAAAUCCUCAAGAGGAAGCCGAUAGUGUCCGCCAUUUCGACUCCGUCUGACUCUGAGAGGCUCUACAAAAGGAAGAGGAGGUCCGAGAGACACCUCGGGAGCAGAAAGAGACGCUACCGGCAGGUUUUGCUCGUUCCCAGUUGCUGCAAACCAAAGGCGUGCUUGUCCAACCGAUCUCUGAGACAUUAUCACCCGGAUGGCGAGGUCUAUUUGGAAAGACAUUUUCAGGAGAGCUGCAGCAGUGACAGCGAGUGCAGCUCCGGCAACGACUCGGACUUCGGUUCGAGUUUGUCCACCAGCAGCAGCACCAGCAGUUCCACCAACUCCAGGACUUCUGACGAUGAGGAGGAGGAAGACUCUUUGUCGUGCUCAUCGGAGGAAAGCAGCGAUGCCGAGAGCUCAUCGCAUUCUGAUUCGAGCUCAGUAUCCAGCCGGGUCUCGGUGCAGAGCAUCAGAUUCAGGAGAGCAGGCUUCUCCAGCCUUAACACUAAAGCCCCUCUAGUUCUGCAGCCCACUUUUCAUUACAAAUCAAAUUUCCAGCACAAGAAUGGAACCGUCCAGGGCUCCUCUCCAGCUCUGGACGGUGACAAAGAAAAGCAAGUUCAAACUUUGGAAAUUGCCAGCUGGAAGAGCAAACACAGGAACGGCGAUAUUUUGGAUUUUGGGGGAAAGCUGUGCAGCGCUGAGAAUAAAUUCCUAGGCCUGAAAAGAAUCGUGCCAAAGACUAGUGAGCUUGGUAAAAACAAAGACAUAAGCCUAACAUCCUGUGCAAAUGGAAAGGUGUUUCACCAACAAAGACAUUCGGUACACCAAGCUCAGUUAACACAAUACGACCAGGACAAAGACUCAAAAGUCAUCUCAAAGGCCCAUGGGAGCAUUUUUUUAGAAGACGCAAGUUCCAAAAAAGAUGCAAAGCUAAUCGACUGCCUCAAACAAUCUUCACCUUUCAAGACAGUAAAGAUUGAAACUGAGGAGGCCAGCACAGAUUCGGACGUGACGAGGAGAACGUCACUCAACCACGUGAAAAUUAAAGUGGAGGACACUUUGGAUGAGUAUGAAUAUGCAACUCAAGAUGCUCACCAAUGCGAAGGUAAAGCUGAUGCCAUUGACCUACAUUAUGCAGAGAAAUGGUCCAUCGGUGCUGAACAGGAUUUGUGUAAGGAUGGCAUAAAAACAACUCCCCCUCCUUCUAAACAGGAACCAGUUGGCACUUUAACUCCUCGAGGAGAAUACAAAAACGGUGCAAGGGUCAGGAAAAGCCACCGUGCCUCGGUUUGGGGAAAGACGGUGGAAAAUGUGCCUAAAACGAAUACGAGUGCGACAAAAAUAGACAGAAGUCCUCGAUCUUCUGGAAAGUGUUCAAGCAAACGAGCCCCAAACCAUGCUUUAUCUUCUUCAAAACCAACCUUCAACUUCAUGGCGAAUUUUCCGUGCCCCCCGUCCCUGGUGAUCAGCAGUGAUGGGGAUUUAAGUCCUGCUUACUCUUUAAACUCGUUCAGGACUAACCAGGUGCCUCAUCCUUCUCACCCUGUGUGGAGAUGGCAGCUCGGGGCCUCUGUUGUACCUCCCCAUCUCAACCACAGAUUCAGGAAAGAAACCCACUGA